AUGUUCAGUACCAACAAUAAUAAUAUUACGCCCACUACUGCUCCCACUAUUUUGUCCUAUAAUAUUGAUAAUACUGUGCCAGCACAGAAUGAACCACAGUAUGCACGCUAUAGUGUGUCUCACACAGAUAUACUUCCCCCGGAUCCUCAACUGAAUCAAUUUAUAAGAGGCUUUUCGAUAUUUAACAAUAAUAUGAUCUUUAGUACUAAUAAUAAUAAGAAUGGUGCUGGUAAUGUUAAAAACGCAUAUAAUAAUUCUACCUCUAAUUAUAAUAACAUACAAUCGUAUCAAAAUCAACAGAUUUUACCUGCUCUCAACCAAGAUAUCCCAGUAUUCAAUACAAAAUAUAGAUUAUCUUCUAUUCCAUCCAGCAUAGCCACCAUAAAUAACAAUAAUAAUAAAAACGAUAAUAUUAAUUUAAAUGAUGUAUAUUUAAAUAAUAAUACUAUCAAUCAAAAUAACAUUGUUUUUAAUUCUAGCAUUUUCAAUUCAAAUCAAUCGGCAGACACUAAUAAUAAUAAUAACACCAACACUGGAAAUAAUACUGAUAAUACUAUAAAUAUAAGUAAUGGUGGAGAAUUAUUUAAUGCGAAUUUAAAUACUAUUUUAGACACUUCUUUAAAUGCUAGUUCAAAUCUAAAUUUCAUUAAACCCAAAAGAAAAUCUUCUAUACUUUUUAUGGAUCCAAAUGAUUUAAAAUCCUUUGAUUGGACCUAUCCAACAACAAACAAUACUAAUGGUAAUAAUAACUUUAAUCCGUUAUCAUUUAAUAAUUAUGAUUUUCUCAAUAAUGAGAAAACAUCUUCUAUGAUACUAAAAGAUUUGGAUUCCAAUAAAUUGUUUGCUGAUUCUAACUCUAGUUCAAAUACAAUCACCAGUACAUCCACUAAUAUAACUGCAAAUACAGAUGAUAUUGGUCCUUUAUCCACUCAACCUAAAGAUUUUAUUAAAUUGAAUCCAUAUGGAUCAUUUUCCAAUUACAACAAUAAUAUCACUAACAAUAAUAACAUAAUUAUAGAAAAAUCAAGAUCAAAUUCAUAUAGUAAAAGAAAUUCUUCUUUAAAUAAUUUAUUGUUUGGUGAUAAAAUGACUAUUCCAGUUAUUAAUACAGAAUCAAUAGAUAAUUAUUUAGAAGGAAAUAAUAGUGACAAAACUACAUCUCCUACUACUAAUAUCACUACUGAUAAUCUAAAUAUUCUAUCACCUGCCAGUAUUUCUCCCUUAUUAAAUGAACAAAAUACAUUGGAGCAAACGAAUAGUAAGAAAAAAAGGGCUAUUAAGAAAAACAAGCCUGCAAGCAUUGAGAAAUCCACAUUAAUAAAAGAGGAACAAUCCAAUGCAAACACAUCAUUCUAUGAUAAAUCUGAGACACCGCUGGGUGAAACAAGAAUUGAUCAAUUAAUGUUAAUGCUUCAAGCCAGACAAAAAGGUAUCACAGAUGAAAUUAAAACCGACAAGGAAGGUGAAUUAUUAUUAGAUGAAAAUCCAAAUAUUGUUCCAGAUAAAAAAAUCUUAGCUGGAGGUAUCACCAAACGUAAAGAUAGAGAUAUUUCGACUCUCUCACCUAUUCAGAAGGACAUAAUUCUUUCAAGACCAAUAUCAGGAAACCAAAGCGAUUCUGAAUCGAUAUUAAAAGGAUUAUUAAAAUCUGAUUCUGAAUUAGAUAGUGCCAAAAUUAAUCUUGCAGAAAGUAUUGAUCAAGAUAAGCUUAAUCCAAAUACUCCUUUAUCACCAAACACAAGUAAUGAAAACAACUUGAAUAUUACUGGAUUGAAUAAUUUCUUUAAUAUUGAAGAGUUAUCUUCAGAAGAGAAACAGCUGAUUAAUAGAAAUGUAUGUCCGUAUUGUCAACAUGUUUUUAAACAGUCGACACAUCUUCAAGUCCAUUUAAGAUCUCAUUUAGGUUAUAAACCGUUUAAAUGUAGAUUCUGUGAGAAACGAUUUACUCAAGGUGGAAAUUUGAGAACGCAUGAAAAAUUACAUACUGGGUUACGACCAUAUGAAUGUCAUAUAUGUAAGAGAAAAUUUUCUAGGAAAGGGAAUCUUAAAGCGCAUAUGUUUACACAUAAUGAUACAAAACCCUUUAUUUGUAAGUUAGAGAACUGUAACAAAACUUUUACACAAUUAGGGAACAUGAAGGCACACCAAAAUAGGUUCCAUAAAGAUACAGUACUACACCUGACAAAUAUUUUGGCUAAAUGGAAUCCACAGACUGAUGAUAUGCCCGAGCAUGAUAGGCAAUUACUAGAAUACUUUGCAUCAUUAUAUAAAAAUUCAAAUAAAGGUAUUAAAGGACGUGGUAAAGGUAAUGCAAACAUUAAAUUAAUUCCCGGUUUAGACCAAGAUCAUAGUUUGCUUUCUACAAACAGUGAAGUGGAAAAUGACCUCGAAUUCAAUAAUAAUAAUAAUAAUAAUAAUAAUAAUAAUAAUAAUAAUAAUAAUAAUAAUAAUAAUAAUAAUAAUAAUAAUAAUAAUAAUAAUAAUAAUAAUAAUAAUAAUAAUAAUAAUAAUAAUAAUAAUAAUAAUAAUAAUAAUAAUAAUAAUAAUAAUAAUAAUAAUAAUAAUAAUAAUAAUAAUAAUAAUAAUAAUAAUAAUAAUAAUAAUAAUAAUAACGGUUCAAAUUCUAGUAUUACAGCAGAUUCUACAAAUUUUAAUGUUAAUAACCACGUAAGCCCCUUACAGUCAAUGACUACAAAUCUUAACUUCAAUAAUUUUGAAGGUAGUCAUAUGCCAAUUUCAUAUAAAAAUGAUACCUCUAAUUAUACUACAACACCAAAGAAUAACAAUUUAUCUAAUACUAACAAAGGGAUUCCUGUUGACACAAAUCCUAAGUCUGACUCAACUUCCACUUUCUUACCAAUGAUGGUUUCUAAAUUUAAAGAUCCCAAUAAUAGUAUAAAGGCUGAUAAUAAGAUGAAUAAAAAUAAUGAUAUUGACAUUAUUGGUAUCUAUCAAGAAGCAUUUGAUAAAAAUAAUAUAAAUAUCAAUAUGGUUAAACCAUCAAACACAUUCCCAGAUUAUUUCCUACUAGAUGAUACAAAUUCUAACAAUAAUACAGCUUAUUCAAAAAAUGAAAAUAAUAAAAAUAUGUUUAUGGUGGGAAAAGAUAGUGCUUCAGUAGUUCCUAGUACUACUGAAGUUAUGACUAGUCAAAAGAGGAAAAAUAAUCUAAGUAGUAGAAGAAAUGCGAAUAAAAGACAAAAAAAGAAGAGUUUACAGAGAAAUGAAACAAAUAAUAUAAUUUCAAAUUAUAAUCCUAAUAUGAAUAUUAACUCACAGUCAAUCGAUUUCAAAAAAUUAAAUUAUAAAACGUAA